AAUAACAUGGGAAAAGAUUGGAAGCUCCCAAGUUUUCUCUCAAGGAAGCCCACUAACAAUAACAAACUUUGACACCUCUAAAGUCGGGGUCUACAGAUGCACAGCCAAAAGUACUGGAAUAGCUGAGAAUGCUAGUGCAACUGCAUUUGUACAGUUUUCAACAUGUGGAUCUGGAUGUGAUAAGGAGGAGCUGGCCAUUGAGUUCACUGACUUGACAUACAAUUAUGAAUAUGAAAACCCCAGCUAUAACAAGUACAAGGAAUUAAAAAACAAGAUUGAAACUGAGUGCCUUAUUGCUUAUGCCCUGAAAGGCAAAACCAUUCACAAGUGUGAAGUAAUAAGAUACAGAAGAGGGAGUGUCGUAGCUGUGGUAGAGUUAGGAUAUCCAGAAAAUACCUUGGAUCCCAAGCAGCCUCUUCUGCAAGCAAUAAAUGAUGGCAACUUUGCAGGGUACAGAGUGAAAACAGACUUUGUCAGUCCAACAUCGAUUACAGACCUCCCUUCAACACAUUCCUCAACACACCCUCCAUUAAAACCUUUAACACACUCACCAACACCCAGUCAUCCAAGUGGCUCUCCAGAAAGCACUGCAACUUGUUCAGUAGCCAUAUCCUUUUUUGUGACUAUCAUUGUAUUACUUGUCUUCUCUAAUGCUGUAUUGGGUUUCCUACUGUGGAAGAAGAGUUCGAUUCUAAAAGAGGUUACUAAGAACAGGGGUCGGUUGGCACCUAAUGAACAUCGACCCAAUACUAGUACAAUCAAUGACAAAAUCCUAUCUUUAAUGGUAACAAGACAACCAGAAGUACCCUCGGCGCCCCUUUACAACGACAUUUCCAAUAUUGGCGGCAACCGUGCUUCAGAACGUCAAGGUCAACUGUAUCAAACAUUGGACGUCAAUUGCCAACAACCAUACCAGACAUAUCAAACCUUGGAUGCCGCUUGUAAAAAUGUUAACUCUCCCGUGGAGACCUCCGUAUCAGAUAAUUACCAAGCACUACCAGAUGCCAUGCCGCCAGUUAUCUAUGGCCAACUAAAUUAGGUGGCGUACUGCAAUGUAUAUAACACUCAAGAAGACUUGGCAGUAUAGCUAGUAAAUGAGUGUAGAUGUAAGAAGACUGGGAAAGGAGCAAGUGACUCAAAUCACUCAUUAUCUGGAAAGAACUAAAAAAGAAGAAGCAAGGAUGGUUAAGAAGCUAGUGUAAAAAAUAUUCGAGCUUAGGUUAAGUUGGCCAUGUCCAAUAUGAUAAAAUUGUGGCAAUCGUGAAGAGAGCUUUAUAAAUGCUGAUGCACAUAAAGGAUUGUGCGUAAAACAAUCAUUAUUUUACAUGUAACUAUCAACCCGGUUCGGAAGAACUAACAAACACAACAAUCCUGCGCCAUGCACCUCGUACCAUGUUUAGCAAAUGUUUUAAUAAAAAUUAUUAUUAUUGGUC